CAGAUGAAUCAAGCAAAGCAACCACACAUACACAUCUACCUCCUUCACUCUUGCCAUCUAUCAAUCUAUUCAUCUCUCCAAUCCGGUCUAAUUGCUCCGGUCUAAUUUGUGUGAGCUAGCUAGUAAUGAGUCUGAAGAUGAUGAUGACACCGUUCCACCGGAGCAGGGUAGUUGGACUGCAAGCGGUUCUCCUUGCCGACACCGCUGCUUCCUUGCUGCAAAUAUCCGGCCACCACCACGAUCAACAUCAUACCAAUCAUGUCAUCACGAAAUCCCUCACUGCCCUCCUUCCGCCUUCCCUUCCAUCAUCAUCAUCUUCUUCUUCUAGUAGCCCUGAUGAUGAUGGUCACUUGGUGCUGCUGCUGCAGUCGUGCCAUUUCUGCAGCACCAGGUUGAGCCCUAAAAAAGACGUCUACAUGUACAAGGGUGACCAAGGGUUCUGCAGCAGGCAGUGCAGGGACAAGCAGGUGAAGCUGGACGAGAUCAACGAGGCUGAGGAAUCCAAUCUCAUAUUCCACCUCAACAACUCUUAUAAUUCCAGACGCCGCCGCCGCCGCCAGCUCAGAGCCGCGCCCUUGCUUGAGAUCUGCAGCAGCGGCAGCACAGCCUGCAGCCACCGUCGAGGUGAGAACUUCAGCUGCAGCAUUCCACGGCGUCGCCCCGUGUCGCAGUACAUUAACCGUCCCCUUCCUCUCCCUCCCCACCAACGCCUUGGAUACAUGAACCACCGACGCCAGCUAGCUAGCUAAUUACCCAUCUAUCUAUAUAUCUAUAUAUAGAAUCAACCACCGCCAAUUAUUCAUGAUUUGUGUAAUAAUCUUUGCAUAUAUAUAUAGGUAAUAAUUAGUUCGCAAGCUAGAGAUAUACAAUAUCUGUAAUGGAGCUUUUGUGGGUCUCUUCAACAUUUCUUCCACCCACUUUAGACCUCUCACCAAAUUUUUUUGAUGAAUACCUCUCACCAAAUGACCCUUCAAUGUAUUUGACCUAAAGAGUUUAUAAAACUUUAUACAACGUAUGGAAAGAAAUGUAAAAUAGAAUG